GAGGUCCAGCGGGCACAUUAUAAAACAGACUGGCACCGCUACAAUCUGAAGAGAAAGGUUGCAGACAUGCCUCCGGUCACCGCAGAAAACUUCCAGGAGCGAGUGCUGGUGCAGCGGGCGGCAGCCGAGCAGCAGAGCCAGAGCAGCGGACACAGCUCAGCCUACUGCGCCACCUGCAACAAAAAAUUCUCCACUGACAAGGCUCACAGCAAUCACAUCCAAUCCAAUAAGCACCAGCAGGCUGAGAGGAAAGCCCUGGCCGCCGCCCAGGAGACUGUCCAGCGAAUGAACGAGAAGAAUCUGGAGAAAGGGGCGGAGCUAGAUAAAGACGCACAGAACGAAGCGCUUCAGAAAGCACUCAGGGAGCAGCAGAGCCACACCCCCUCUAAAGCCACAGAGAAACGGGUCACAAUGCGGCCGGACAAACCGCCUCGGCUGCAGUGGUUCGAGCA